AUCACUCUAAGAUCUGUCAACUGUAAGAAAUUAAGAUGAAUAGGGUGUGGGCCAUGUUCAGCUCCUAUCCAUACAUUACCAAUGUGGUGGGCUAUACAACCCUGUUUGCCACUGCAGACCUGAUUCAGCAAAGCAUGCUGGGAAACACACAUGGCCAAAGCACCCAGCUCUGUGGGGAAAUUUCUGAAGAGGAGGCAUCAGUCACAUCCAGAGAGGAAAGAGCUGUGGUUCACCUCAAAAACUCUGAAUGGAGCAAGCAUUCAGCAGAACAAAAGGAUUCAUUAGUAAUGGUGACAAAUUUCCCAGUGCACAGUGUUGAAUGGAGCCAGACUUUUCGUGUAGCAUUGGUGGGGUUGUGUUUUCAUUCCAACUUCAACUACCACUGGCUACGUGCAUUAGAGAAGAGGUUUCCUGGGGGAGGGGCCAAAAUAAUAUUUGUGAAAGUGGUUCUGGAUCAGCUAGUUGCUGCUCCUGUAACAAUAAGUGCCUUCUACAUAGGGUUAAGCACCUUAGAAGGGCAAGAGGACCCCUUGGAAGACUGGAAACAUAAAUUCUGGACUUCCUACAAGACUGGAGUUGUCUACUGGUCCAUAAUGCAGGCAGUAAAUUUCUCUCUGGUUCCCCCGAUAGCACGUACAGUUUUUGUUGGAGGAAUCUCACUGGGCUGGACUGUCUUUCUGUGUCAUUUUAGACAACGAAAGAAUGAAUCUCCCUCCAGUUGA